CAAAGAGUCAGUGUGUGUGAUGACCCGUCGGUACCGCGACGUCAGUGUCUCCGUGUCUGAGCCGAGCCGGUCGGGGCCAGCAGCGCCGCGGCGGCAGCAGCAACGUCACUCCCUGACAGGACAGCGGCAUCAGAGCAGCGCGGACGGCUUUCCGGGCAGCAGCGGCAGCGGCAGCGGCGGCGGCGGCUGACCUCAGCGGAGCGGGACACGUUGUCUGGAGGGGCAGCUCGCCUCGGAGUCUUAAGUAAAACCGCGGAUCUGAGGAGCCGAGCAAACCAAAGAUGGUGAUUACCAGCGUCGCAUCCCUCACAAGGACUUCGCCGGCUGUGGCCACAGGAAGCAGAUGCUUGCAUUGAAGGUGCCCAACGAGUGCGCAGGAGAGGAGGUAGUAACAGGUGCCUCGUGCCAAGGUGAAUUUGGAGGUGUGGAAGAGAGCCGGAGAUCAUGGGCAAAUCAAACAGCAAGCUCAAGCCUGAAGUGGUGGAGGAGUUGACAAGGAAAACCUACUUCACAGAGAAAGAAGUACAGCAGUGGUACAAAGGCUUCAUCAAGGAUUGUCCCAGCGGGCAGCUGGAUGCUCUGGGCUUUCAGAAGAUAUACAAGCAGUUUUUUCCUUUUGGAGACCCCACCAAGUUCGCUUCAUUCGUCUUUAAUGUCUUCGAUGAAAACAAGGACGGACGCAUCGAGUUCUCCGAGUUCAUCCAGGCCCUGUCAGUGACCUCCAGGGGGACUCUGGACGAAAAGCUUAGAUGGGCCUUUAAACUGUAUGAUCUCGACAACGAUGGCUACAUAACUCGGGAUGAAAUGCUAAACAUUGUAGACGCUAUAUAUCAGAUGGUGGGAAAUACGGUGGAGCUGCCGGAGGAAGAAAACACUCCAGAAAAGAGAGUGGACCGCAUUUUUGCAAUGAUGGACAAGAAUGCAGACGGGAAGCUGACUCUGCAGGAGUUUCAGGAAGGUUCAAAGGCAGACCCUUCUAUUGUUCAGGCGCUGUCACUCUAUGAUGGACUCGUGUAGGACUGUAUGGUGAGCGGAGGAAGAAUGAGCUGGACCGCUCCUGAGCUCCUCUCCGAUCCCAGGUCAUACGUUAAAUCUCUGUUAAUGCAGUAGGAUUCCUAGUCCGCCAGAGCCGAGCGUGGAAAAAAAGAAAACCGAGGAAGAGGGGUGGAAGCCACUGUCUGCUCUCAGUUUGCUCCCAUGAAUUAUUCAAAUGGCCCACUUGUUUACUGGCAGCGCAACAUUGUUGCAGUACCGAAUGAAGAUGGAAACAGCGUCACAUCUCACUGCCUAAUGUAAUGCACUGGCUGCUGCCAAUUGUGGCUGACAUCCUGCUCGGUGUUUUGUCAACUGUGAAGCAAGCUUGUGAAGACAUAUGCAUUCUGUGUAAAUGCUCUGUUUGGUUGUUAUCUAGCUAGCACCAAACACAUCCAGGUAUAUUGACACUCCUCUUCAGUUCGUCUCGCAACUUUUUUAGAUGGGUCCAUUUCAGCGCCCCCCCCCUGCUGUUUGCACGCCAGAGCCGGGCCUUCCCGUCCUGAUCCCUAACAAGGAGGACGAUAAGGAUAGCAAACAGCAUUUUCCUCUGAUGUAAUGGAGAAUGCUCACUUGCUCACCCAGCCCUAUUCAUCGGCCAGCGCUGCAGCAGCUGUGUAGCACACCGGUGGUGCGGACAGUGUUCGAACGUCUCUGGGAAAAAAGUGUUGGACAAUCCAAGGAACAGACCCCCCCCCAUCGAUGCUUGCGUUCUCCUCGUCAGAUCAUCAGAGCAGCUCAGAAGGACCCUGCCGCCGCUGCUUCAUCACCACACAGAGAGACUUCAGAUCUCACUCUGGAAUAAUGUGUUAUGAACACUAACUUAAAGCUACAAAGCCGUAUAGUGUAUAUUACAAUGUAAAUAUAAUGGUAAUUUAUUUUCUGCUUUGCUGCAUUUAUGAGACUUUCCUCAUAAAUAUAGAAUGAUUUUUUUAUUUUUAUUUUUUAAUCAAAAGGUGUUGAAACGUAUUGCACUGUAUUUCUCCUUACCAUUGUUGGAACGUUCCUUCCCUCCCGUUCGGAGGGUUAGUUUUCCUGAGAGCAGAGGAAUGUUUAAGUAGCACAGAGUUUUCUAUGGAUGAUUUUUUUUAUUUUAUUUAUUUAUUUUUAUUGCGUUUGCCGCCUGUGCACCCUGUUGUGUUUUAAUUUCCCCCCCGUUAGCAUGAGCGUAUACUGUUGACCCCGUUGCACAACUACAUCCUGAAUGACACGGCCUCAGCAACAGAGAGCAUUCCCGCAGCUUUACAUCAGAACUGAGGCCGAGCGUUGCUUUCUGAGAGCGCUGCACUCCACCCUUGGCAGCACAAAGCCCGGGUCAGCGAGAGGCGCAAACAAGACUUCAGCUUUGGUCGUAAAGCUUUUGCGAGUGUUGUAGCUGCAAGUGUCUACAUGGUAUUUGUCAUGUGGGAGGCCAGAGCAUGUGAUGAUUCCUCUUUUUUUUGUUCAUAUUUAAAUGAUUUAUUUGGAAUAUUUUUUAUUUUAGACCAUGUUUUAUCAGCUUCACUAAUAGUUAUUUGCCUUAUGCAAGUUAUAAUUUACUAGAUUAUAAUUGUCAUUUAUCUGUUACACAGUGUAAGAGCACAGAAUAAAAUGCAUUUAAGUGGCUAAUAUUUAUAUUUCUGUAUUUUAGUUUUGAAUGGCUAGAAAACAGUGUUUAAUUUUUUUUUGUAUAGCAGUAUUUGGGAUAAACUUGCGGGGCUGCUUUGUAGCGUAACGUUUGUUUGUAGAAUUUCAAAUGACCCUGAUUAUAUUCCUAUUUGGAGAAUAUCACUCAAGUUUGCACAGAUUGCAUCAAAGCAAAAAUGGGAUGUGCUGUGGGGUCAGUUUGCCACUGUGCAGCGUCACAUAUUAAUGAAAAGUGUCAUGUUGAGCUUCAGUGCCUGUUUUUGCUCUGCACCACAGAAUCUUACAUGCCAUCCUCCUCUGUAGUGUAAGCCUGCGCUGUAUGGCCGUGUAAUGAACAAUGAAGUACAUAAAACCUCGGCAUGUGGCGUUGAUGGAUGAAUUAAUGAGACCUGUCGGCUUCUGAGUUUCUCUCGGCCCCGCCGAGUCACUUUUUGUUUUCUUCUUAUCAAAGACAGAUGCAUGAGAUACCAGAAGGGAGAAAAUGUCCAGAUUUUUGACUGUUCUGUCAGUUUCAGUCCAUCCUUCACUUAUUUUGUAUGUGUAGCAUGUGAUACUUAAAAAAUUGCAGUAAAACACAAGCAAUGAAAAUAAACCCCCAGCCUUGUGCUUCAAAAACAGACUGGUUCAAGUACCA